GCUCCCCCACCCAAAUCCCCCCGACUCCUCGCUUCCUCCCGUUUGUGGCCGAGCCCGCCGCGACACGCCGUCUCCGCCGCGCGCCUCGAAGAAGAGAAGGAGGCGGCCGCAGCACCGACCCCGCGCCACCCCGCCUGAUACCCCCGGCACCGAUCGGGUUUGAUCCAUGGCGUCGAAGAGGAUCCUGAAGGAGUUGAAGGACCUGCAGAAGGACCCGCCCACUUCCUGCAGUGCAGGUCCUGUUGGUGAGGACAUGUUCCAUUGGCAAGCCACUAUCAUGGGGCCUUCGGACAGCCCGUUUGCUGGUGGGGUAUUCUUGGUGAACAUUCAUUUCCCACCUGAUUAUCCUUUCAAACCACCAAAGGUGUCAUUUCGCACCAAGGUGUUCCACCCGAACAUUAACAGCAAUGGCAGCAUUUGCCUUGACAUUCUCAAGGAACAGUGGAGCCCUGCUUUGACCAUAUCAAAGGUGCUCCUCUCAAUCUGUUCGCUGCUCACAGACCCAAACCCCGAUGACCCGCUUGUGCCUGAGAUUGCUCACAUGUACAAGACUGAUAGGGCCAAGUAUGAGUCGACUGCUCGCUCCUGGACGCAGAAGUACGCCAUGGGCUAGAAGAAAAGGCCAAUUGGUGAAUGUGCGCAAUCCUGAAACCGUUAUCAACUAAAUAACCAGCCAAGUCACUCUCCCCCCAACCAAGUAUGAAUGGACUUUUAAGGGUUAUUGUGUCCUGUUGAACUCAUGUUUACCUUGCGAAGUCCGUUUGAGUCUGGUAGUCUGUUCUACCUGACCGUUCCGUUAUCUGAUGUUGCUUCGUUAAUCAUAUUUAUAUGGUUUGUGGUGUC